AAUUCAGCACGAAGUCGUCGAUGGUCCCGUCCCGAUACUCUGCUCGUUACUACCUAAUGGCUCGCGCGAUUCACGGACCUGCUUUGCUCUAUCAACUCACUCACCGUCCUAAAUUCUAGUUGUUAGUUCCGUUGCUCGUACGAGAACGUGACUCAGACCAAGCAGGCCCCGCCUUUCCUUGGUGUGUGUUGCGUACAUCCUCGCUGUUGAGCUCUAGGUCAUCCUCUCGUCACGUCAGCUAGUCGAUCGCUGCACAUUACCGCAGCCAGGAAAAGCACCCGUCGGUCAUCAGUGGGUAGCUCGUUAGACAGCUACUUGUAAUAACUCGCUCCGUCGACCAUCCAUCCGUCGUCACCUGGGCGUAAUUCCCACUCCAUUCGUUCCACUGCCGAACAGCAGAGUGAGAACCCUCCUUUUCAAACGGAGCCACGAUCUAUGCAACGGCCGCUUUAAAGCCCAGUUAAAUCGCUUCAUCAAACCCCAGCCUAGCCUAUCCGUUCACACGAUCUGCCCUCCUUCCCUAUUGCUGCAAGAACAUAUGUCCAUUUGCCACUCAGGCCACUAACCACAUAGCAACAGCGGGACACGAUCCCGACAUCCUGGUCGUCUUUCGCGAUUGUACCGUCUUACGAUGACCACUUUAUCGAUCCUAUCGCCGCGCUCGUCACCGCAUGAUCCGCCGCACCAGCCGCCGGCGGUCACGCUCAUCCUCCCCGAUGGCUCCGCGAAGCUUCUCCCCCACAGCCUCACCGUGCGCGAGGCGCUCCUUCUGCUUGCGCCCACCUGCGAGGCCUUCUCUGCAGAAACCCCGCCUCCGCCUCCGCCUCUGCCUGCGCCUGCGCCUACUGAGCGGGCCGCGGAAGCCCCGCUUGCGCCCGCUGGAGCGGAAAACCCCCGCCCUCCCCCGCGAGCGCCGCGGUCGUCGCAUUUCCCCCUGGCUAUCUCCGCUCCGGCGCGUGGUUUGUUCGUCAAGGCGCGGAGGCAGGAGCUGCCGCUGACAAAAGUACUACGAGCGGGACGAACGUACUGUGUGCACAGUAGUUCUAGUACUAAGGGGAGGAAUGGGGGGAUGGGUGCUAUGGAUGGGAUGCGUGGUGGCGGUGGUGCUGUGUGGAACGGAACGGUGAAAGGAAGCAAGCUGGCGAAGACGCGGCAUGGCGAGCGGAAAGUGCGGAGACACGACGAGAGGCAUUAUUCCAGUACAAAGGUCUGGCCCCUCGCGCCCCUCCAGCCGCCCGUCAGCCCGCCUGCGCGGAGCCCGCGCACCGCUCCUUCCGCUACGCCGACUCGCAUCCCCGCCCUCUGCGGCGGAAGUGACGCCGGGAAAGGCGGCAGCGACAGUGAGAAUGGGCGGGCGUGCGUGGCGCCAUCUGAUGCGUGUCUGUGCGCUGGAUGGCUGGGAGGUAAAGGGGAGAAGUACGCGGAACUGGGGUGGGAGGAGACGGAGGAGAGGGAGGAGGAGGCAGCGAAUAGAGGGGGCGCAGUGGGGAAGACGGAGGGGAUAGGACCGCUGGAUAUUCCAGGGGAUAAGCAUGCGGCGGAAAACGAGGGAGCUAAUUCGGAGAGCCACGAGCCCGUUCGUGAUGGUGAUAGUGGUGGUGAUGGCGAUGGUGGUGCGGACAUGGGCCGACAGGGAACGGAGUUUUUGGAAAAGAGAGAGGAAGGGGGAGGAGGAUCGGCUCUGUGGUGCCACGUGAUGAGGAGGUGCGGCCUUGCUUCCAGCGCCGCUGCUGCUGCUGCUGCUGCUGGCGGCGUUGGUGGUGUUGGUGGUGCUGGCAGGGGCAGUGGGCGUGGCAAGGUCAGUCGUCAGCGCGAGAACAGAGACAGAAGCGCGAGAAGAAUCAGCGGCAAUUGCAGCAGCAGCAGCAGCAGCAAGUCGAGCAGUGGCAGCAGAUGGGGUGGAAGGAGCGCGAUGAGGAGUGCCAAGGUUGCCCCUUGGAGCAUCAGCAGUGGGGGAAGGUCCGAUAGCAAGAGCAUGGCAACUUGGGGCACGCCUGACGGCAGCAGGGAGAUGAGGGAGGACAAUGGGGCUGGGGGAGUGAAGGGUGGGGAAGAGUCAGAGCUGGGAGGGCUGUGGCUACUGGAGAGACACAUUGCAGAAACAGCAGAGAAUAGUGCUGUUGCUGCUGCUGCUGCUGCUGCUGCUGGUGAUGAUGAUGCUGACGAUGCCCGGGAGAUGGCGUUUCUGCACAAGCAGCUGCAGCUGUACCGCCUCUCCUGCCCUAUCGCCCCUGCCAUGCCGCGCAGUAGUAGGCGCCGCCGCUGCAGCAUCACUUGGCGCCCAAAGCUGCCAGGAAUAGCGGAGGGAGGGGAGGGUGGAGAGGGCAGUCAGGGCAGGGAUGGCAGUGAGGAGUAAGAGGGGGUUGGCACGAGGUAAGGCAAGGAGAGCAGGAAAGGGUGCGUCCGACAUAGGGGAUCGCUGAAUAGUCUUCUGUGAUUGCCAACCAACCACCCAUUGUGUGUCUCUCUAACUUGUACCAGUGGACGCCUUGAUUAUGAUGGUGGUUGUGGUGGUGAUGGUGAUGGCGAGGAUGCACCAUGAGCAGGAGGUGUGUGCACUCUGUUGUCAGUCGCCCUGUAGCUGCUGCAGCAGCAGCAGCAGUAGCUGUAGCUGUAGCAGUAGCUGUACGACCUAAGACGAUGCUCCAGGAGGCAUACAAAUGCACCUGCUGCAAAUUUAUAGGCCAAUGGCAUUGGCAACGAGGGCUUAUUUCCAUGACUGUCAUACAACCACAG